AUGUCUUAUGAAUUUUUUCUUGUUUCAGUUUUAUUACUAUUCCUUGAAGGAGGACAAUGCGAUUCAAUUUGUCCCAAUGGCAUAACGAACAUCACAGCUCCCAGUGGUGAACUUGAAUAUCCUGAGUCAGGUACUUAUGGUAAGAAUGAGACCAAAUGUUGGAGCAUUACGGUUCCCGACACUUAUUAUGGCAUUCGAUAUCGUUUAUCCAGGGUUGACAUAGAAAUAUGCCCUGAUUGUAAGUGCGACUAUCUUCAAAGAGGAACUUCCUAUAGCUAUUUGCACCAGGGGAAUAAAUUGUGUGGACGAUAUAGUAACAACUAUUUACAGAGAUAUAUCUUCAACGACCACUUUGCCGGAUCGACGGACUAUCUUCGCUUCGUGUCGGAUGAUACUGUACACUACACAGGAUUUAAGUUGACCUUCAUAGCCAUUUCCAGGACAGCGGGUAGAGUUAACUAUCUGAAUGCAACCGAAGAUGAAACUAUUGAGUUUGGCACACCAAAAGUCGACAUCGAGAACUACCCCUCAAAUUACGAAGAACAGUGGAUUUUAAUCGUCUCUGAGGGACGGAAGGUUCAGAUAGACUUUGAUAUGUUUGAACUCGAAGACAGUGAGGACUGCAAAAAUGAUUAUGUUGAGUUCCGUGAAGCAUCCAUCAUGUUUGGUGAUCCUAAAAGAAUAUAUGGCCAUUUUGGUCCAAUCCUGACCAAUCGUCUGUGUGGAAAUGCAAAGCCAAACUUGAUACUGAGUCAAGGGAACAUGGUUUGGGUUCAGUUCGUGAGUGACAGAAACUCUACCACAGUGUACAAGGGACUCAAAGCUUCUUUUAAAGCAGCACAGGGAAGCGGAUUGCCUGUAAGCCGUCCAACGGUGCUUCUUUUUCUCUCAGCUUUGAUCGUGCAUGUGUCAAAGAACAACUUGCUGUAGUCCUGUCAAGUGUAUCCAGGAGAUGUCUUUUGUUCGCUGAAGUUUUGAAUUAUAUUCAUUUUGGUAAACUCUUAUUGUCGACUUAAAAAUUUAAAUAUCAAGGAUUUU